AUGGAGACGGAUAAGAGCGACGGCGCAGCACUCAUUAGCGACGAGGGGUACACUAGUGUAAAGGAGCCAUCAUCAUCAUCAUCAUCAUCAUCAUCAUCAUCAUCAUCAUCAUCAUCAUCAUCAUCAUCAUCAUCAUCAUCAUCAUCAUCAUCAUCAUCAUCAUCAUCAUCAUCAUCAUCAUCAUCAUCAUCAUCAUCAUCAUCAUCAUCAUCAUCAUCAUCAUCAUCAUCAUCAUCAUCAUCAUCAUCAUCAUCAUCAUCAUCAUCAUCAUCAUCAUCAUCAUCAUCAUCAUCAUCAUCAUCAUCAUCAUCAUCAUCAUCAUCAUCAUCAUCAUCAUCAUCAUCAUCAUCAUCAUCAUCAUCAUCAUCAUCAUCAUCAUCAUCAUCAUCAUCAUCAUCAUCAUCAUCAUCAUCAUCAUCAUCAUCAUCAUCAUCAUCAUCAUCAUCAUCAUCAUCAUCAUCAUCAUCAUCAUCAUCAUCAUCAUCAUCAUCAUCAUCAUCAUCAUCAUCAUCAUCAUCAUCAUCAUCAUCAUCAUCAUCAUCAUCAUCAUCAUCAUCAUCAUCAUCAUCAUCAUCAUCAUCAUCAUCAUCAUCAUCAUCAUCAUCAUCAUCAUCAUCAUCAUCAUCAUCAUCAUCAUCAUCAUCAUCAUCAUCAUCAUCAUCAUCAUCAUCAUCAUCAUCAUCAUCAUCAUCAUCAUCAUCAUCAUCAUCAUCAUCAUCAUCAUCAUCAUCAUCAUCAUCAUCAUCAUCAUCAUCAUCAUCAUCAUCAUCAUCAUCAUCAUCAUCAUCAUCAUCAUCAUCAUCAUCAUCAUCAUCAUCAUCAUCAUCAUCAUCAUCAUCAUCAUCAUCAUCAUCAUCAUCAUCAUCAUCAUCAUCAUCAUCAUCAUCAUCAUCAUCAUCAUCAUCAUCAUCAUCAUCAUCAUCAUCAUCAUCAUCAUCAUCAUCAUCAUCAUCAUCAUCAUCAUCAUCAUCAUCAUCAUCAUCAUCAUCAUCAUCAUCAUCAUCAUCAUCAUCAUCAUCAUCAUCAUCAUCAUCAUCAUCAUCAUCAUCAUCAUCAUCAUCAUCAUCAUCAUCAUCAUCAUCAUCAUCAUCAUCAUCAUCA